CUCGGACAUAUUUAUUUAAAUUAAAAAGAACAAUAUAGGGAACGCGAAAGCCCUAUCUUUCUAGAUUGUUCAUCGUUUCCAGAUUUUCGGUUCUCUUAUCAGAUCGCUCUCAAGUUUCGUCGGCUUACCAGAUCAUGAAACAAGAUUCAAAUAUGGAAGCAGAUUCUGCUUUGCCUGAAUGUGAGGAGAAGGAAGUAGGUAUGUCUGAUGUAGAGAAAACUGAGGGUUAUGCAGAAGAGUUCUCAACCGAACAUGAAGGUAAGAGGAAAGAAGCAGUAACUUCGGCAGUUCAAGAAGAUAGCAAAAUGAAAGAAGACUCCCCUACAGAACAAGUAGAUGACAUGAAAGAAGCUGUAACUGAAGUUAGGAGCACCACUGAAGCUGGGAAGUCUGCUGAAAAGUGUAUCAAAGAAGGGUUGCCUAAAAAGAAAAUUGUAAAAGUUUUGAAGGUAAAAAAGAAAAUUGUAAAGAAAUCCCCAGCUAGCAGUGUGUUGAAAAAGAAAAAAGCACUGGUUGAACAGGAAGACGAUAAAAAGGAAAAAGAGGUUCCUGUAGCUCAAGAAGUGGGAGAAUCUCUUGAACCUCAGAGCCUCACUGAAAGUUCCAAUCCAGAGUCAAAGACGAAGAAGAAUGAUGAAGUUCUGAAGGUGAAAAGGAAAAUUGUAAAGAAAUCUCCAGCUAGCAGUCAAAAGAAGACUAAUAAGCUUCAGAGUAGUCCUAAGGUGCAGGUCAGAAAGAAAGUGGAGAAUAGUAAGAGUUUGUUGCAGGAAAAUGGGGAAGGUAGUGAAAAGAAGGUAGAAGACACCGAGAAGCCUAACCAAAAGGAAAAUACUAAGGAAAGUAUCUCAAAAGGGGAGCAUAUUGAAAAGGGAGAAGAGACUUCUGCUAGUCAUAAGCACAAUUCGGAGACUAAAAGUAGCAUCAAAGAAGGGAAGAUCAUAGGGAAGGCUGGUUCUUCAGAUAAGAGCAUAAAGAAUCAGAAAAAGAAAGAAGAUAGGGAUCAAAAGAGUCGAAGAGAAGAUAAAAAUAAAGAAAAUCUUGGUGGACUGAUUUUCAUGUGCAGCGCAAAAACGAAGCCAGAUUGUUUUCAGUACAACGUAAUGGGUGUUUCUGCUGGCAAAAAGGAUGUUGUCUUGGCAAUCAAACCUGGGUUGAAGCUCUUUCUCUACGAUUUUGAUCUCAGGCUUCUGUAUGGGAUUUAUAAAGCAUCCUCUUCCGGUGGCAUGAAACUUGAGCCAAAGGCUUUUAAUGGGGCUUUCCCUGCUCAGGUGCGGUUCAAUAUUUACAAGGAUUGUUUUCCACUACCUGAGAAUAUUUUCAAGAAGGCUAUCCAAGAGAACUAUUAUGAGAAGCACAAGUUCAAAGCUGAACUCACUGUUAAACAGGUUAGGAAGCUCUCAGAUCUUUUCCGACCAGUGGGGCUCCACUUGAGUUCUGCUCCUGUCCGGUCCCAUUCAGAGGUACCAAUUAGGGAUAGAAAUGUUCAUGGGGAGAAAGACGUUCGGAUUAGGAACUCUAAGUCCAAGGGUGAUGCAAGGAAAUACCAUUUGUCAUCUCAUGGAAGGGAUCGACAUCGAGAAGAGGCACCUAGACAUAGAGAGGAAGUUCCUCGUGAUUUAUACCUAAGCGAAAAAGACUAUCGAACAUACGGUCUCCGGGCAGAGAGGAGAAACUUAGAUCCUGUGCCUCAGCCUUCUCUAGAAACAUACCGCAGAGAUCACGAUAGGGACUAUCAGCUGAGGCAACUUGAGCCCAGAUACAGGGAUGAUGUCUCUACACACGCACAGAGAGAAAUAGUUCGUGCGGAUCAUGUAUAUUUUAAUGGAAAAGAUUAUCCAGUUUACAGUAUUGAUUCUAGACAUCAAGUAUCACCUCCUAGAGCAAUACCUGCUAGUGGUUUGGAACGAGCCCCAUAUGAUUCGAUUUACACUCGUCAAUAUGGCCUUUCUUCAAUCGAUCCAUUUCUGCUUUCAUCAAGGAGGGAGGAAGCAGCCCCCCCAACUUAUUCAAGAAGUUAUGGUGCUGAUACUGAACCCAUGAGACAUGCUGCUGGUGCUCUAUCUCAUUACAAUCAAGUGCAUCACAAAGAUAUGGAAAAAGAUACAAUGCCGGUUUCAUCGCGGUACUCAUUUGCUGGUCCAUCCUUUUCUUAUCGCUAACUGUAAUUUCUAUUUUUCCAUCCGGAAUUCCUUAUAGCACAGGAACUUUCAUUGAGUAUGAAAUUAUCGAGUCCCAGACUCUCAUUGUGCAUUUGGAGUUCCAUCUUACCUUUUCAGUGUAGUGAUGAUGGGAAAGUAGGUAUCGGCUGUUGUAUUGGAUUGUGUUGGUGAGUGCUUAAUUACUUGGAAGAUUGCUCUAUCAAAACUGGCGAUCUUAAUCAUUGCUGUACUUCUUUUAGACCUACGUGUUGUUAAGUUAUAUCAAUAUGGACGAAGAUAGAAUUUGAGGAUGAUCACAAUUUGAUUUGAUGAAAAA